AUGGAAGAAAUUAGAGAAGUUGAUGCUGAAACACAGAAGGAGGGUAUAGAUGGUUCAGGUCCUUCGGCAUCCAACGGUGAUGGAGUUGAUAGCAAGAGGGUGACUGGUCCGACAAGGAAAUCCCCACAUUGGACAACGGAAGAGGAUAAAAUUUUAGAAGAUGCAGUUAAAAGGUUUGGUGGAAAAUGCUGGAAAAAAAUAGGCAAGUUUUACUUUUGCUUUAUGUUAUGUGCUCAGGAUUUUGGUUAUUUUUUAGUUAGGCCUUUAGUACAGUGGGGGCUUUUGUGUUUUGGAUACCAAAACCUGCUAGACUGUAUGUGA